UUAUUCGUCAAAGUUAUAAAUGGGUUAAUAUCAAGGACGCCGUUUCGAAAUGCUUUCUCCGAAAUCAGUAUUAAUCACUGGUUGUAAUCGAGGCAUAGGUCUGGAGAUCGUGAAACAGUUUCUUCAGCUGACAGAACCUCCAAAAUUCCUGUUCGCAUGUUGUAGGAAUCCUGUUGCGGCUACGGAAUUGAAUGCAAUUGCAGAAUCAAAUCCACAAGUGCGAGUUGUUGAGCUAGAUGUUGUGAAGCAGGACACUAUAGAGAAAGCAAAAUUGCUUGUUGCUUCGAUUGUUGAAAAUGAAGGCUUGAACCUGCUCAUCAACAACAGUGGAGUUUACGUUCCCAUUGGCCUCGUGGAUGUUACCAGGGAAGAAAUGAAGAGGCAUUAUGAAGUGAAUGCUGUUGGACCAUUGAUGGUGACACAGGCGUUUCUGCCGCUGUUGAAACAAGCUGCCAGGCAACACCCAACCGAUCCAUUGUCUUGUAGCAAAGCUGGAAUUAUUAAUAUAUCUUCUGGUACAGGGUCAAUUUCUGAAAAUUCAACAGGUGGAAGUUAUCCAUCUAGAACUUCAAAGGCUGCACUUAAUAUGAUCACCUCAAACCUAAGUCUGGAUUUAAAAGUGGAUGGCAUAUUGUGUACGGCUAUCCAUCCGGGCUGGGUAAAGACAGAAAUGGGCGGGGAGAGUGCACUCAUUACCACAGAAGAAAGCGUAAAAGGAAUUAUGUCAGUUCUGGAAAAACUGCAGGGAGAAGAGGGUUCUGGAAAAUUUUACCAUGGUUUCAAAGGGGAACUAAUUGGAUGGUAGAACAGUGCUGAGAAAUUGCUAAUGAUUAUAGUAUUUUCGAAUCUAGAUCCACAGUCUACGCUCAACACAGAAAGCUUUAGAAUGUAACACGUACUCAUUAUAAAUGUUUGAACGUUCUCUAAGAUACUAGGAAUUAUUUUUAAAAGGAAUUAUGUUUGUCCUGGAAAAACUUAAGGAAGAAGAUGAUUUUGGAAAAUGUUGUCAUGGUUUCAGAGUGAACUUAUUUGUAGGCAGAACAAUGUAAUGAAAAUAUCUGACUUCCUGCAACAGAAGAUGACACUCUAGUCUCUUGAAAUGAACAAUUUCAAGUCCAUUUGCCAUAUCGUACAUUGUUAUAAUGGGUAAUAUUUACGAUCAAAUUUGAAAUUUUGCACUUUAAUACUCCGAGAGAACUUAAAAGGAUGGUGGAAUAUUACAAUGAAAUAUCACACAAACUGAAAAUGACAAUUACUUCUAUUUUUAUUCAGAUAAGAUCAGAUCUGGCCAUUGCCAUUUACCCACAUUUGUCCGUGUGUAAUUUUAUACCUGAUUCAUUUAGUUUAGAAAUAGACAUUUUAGACGAUAUUUUAAGUAUCUGAACUUGUUCGACACGUCCUUCGAAGUUUAUAUAAUCUAUAAAUAUCUUAAUUUUUAUCACUCAUAAAUUGUUGAAUAAUGUUA